GGGGCGGGUAUUUCGUUACGGUUGUUGCGUAGGAAAUGGGUCGCAAGAAGAGGAAGCAACUGAAGCCAUGGUGUUGGUAUUGCAAUCGGGAGUUUGACGACGAGAAGAUUCUAAUCCAACAUCAAAAGGCAAAACACUUCAAAUGUCCUUAUUGUCACAGAAAAUUGUUCACCGGUCCUGGUUUGUCGAUUCAUUGCAACCAAGUUCACAAAGAGAAGCUGGAUAAGAUUCCUAAUGCCUUGCCAAACAGAACAAGCACUGUCAUUGAUAUAUACGGCAUGUCCGGUAUUCCGGAAGUAGAUAUGAUCGAACAUGAAAGACAGAAAUUUGGGUUAGAAGGUGAAGACGAACCACCAGAGAAAAUAGCCAAAGAAGAUGAAAGUGCCCCGUUUUACCCACCACCGCCUAUCCACCCUGCACUGCCUUUCAUGCAGACCUUGUGUCCACCUAUAGCACCUUUCGGACAUAUUGGACUUCACACCCUACCUCCUCAUUUGAAUUCAGUACACUAUGUACCACCACCACCGCCUCCUCCUCCUCCUGCAGCUCCCGCUCCUCCUCAGCCAGCUACUCCAAAUGACGAAAAGGUAAGUUCACUUUGAGUUUUAUUGUACAGUCCCCUACAACUACUCCGAAGGCUACUUUUCCUGCCUAUUCAUCUCCAUCGUCUAACGUGAAAGCCAACGUGUCCAAAGUCCCGAAGCCCACGUCUGGGGUUAAUGGAGUAACCAUCGAGUUAAUUCAUCCCGAUGAAGACUUGUCCCUAGUGAGUUUGAUUUUUUUUUUUUACUUCAUCUAAUGAACUCAGGAGGAAUUAAGAGCUGAGUUGCCGCGAUACAAAACUAUUGUUGAGAAUGCAGCAAAAAAGAUUAUACCUCCUCCUAUCCCUAUAACUCUGGGACUAACGACUCCAAGUUUCAUACCUCCACAGUCCACACAGAUUGUGUAUCCUCCGAUUGUGCCUACAGCCUCCGUCCAGAUGCCGUUUGCUUACGCACCUGGAUUUAUCCCUCCGCCUGGUAGGUGGUGUGCAUAAAGUAUUUUUGGUGUAGUUUUUCUUAACGUUGAUGCACAACAUUCGUGUCGUAUUAAAAUGUAACUAGUGGUUCUUUUUCAAAGAUUUGUAAAUUGUUAAUUAAUGUGAGUGUCUUUUAAAAUAUGAGGAUUCGAACCUGUUAGCAUACCACAAAUUUCAUUGAUUACCCUUACAUUGACAAAACCUAAUUUAUGAGCCUUCGUGUAAUAUCGAAGUCAUUUUACAUCAAUGUCAGUGGAAUUAUUAGUAUAAUUCUAUCUACCGGCUGAAACUACCAACCCGUUCCACACUUUUUAACUUCACCAUAACAGCGAAUUUGAGUGAUGAGAGGGUUGACUAAAUGCAGUUAUGGUUAAUUUUAUGGCAUCGUUCAUUGGUUUUAAUUGUCUUUGAGAUUAGUUCCCCCAGUGGAAGUCGGAAAUUUUUCCUUGUGCAAAAUAUUGAUUCACCUACAUGGAUUCCGUCUCACAUGACAAAAGGAGACGCAUCACUACUUCAUAUUGAGGUAAAACUUGACUAUUGUCUUCCGUGCAAUACGAUUUAAUCCCCACAUAAACUUACGUAGUAUCACUAUCCUUCAAAACGGGACAUUAGUCCAUUAAGGCUGACAAUUUAAAUCAGGUAGACAAGUGCAGAGUUCAUAUUUGGAAUGGGCAUGAAUAUCGCAAUCAACGGUUACAGGCAUGGCUUAAAAACAGGCAAAAAAGCAUCUCUGUAUUACCUCAGGUUUUUAGUUACGACAGUCUUCGGGAACUUAUUUAACUGGAUUAUACUUUCUCAAAUCAUACUCUCGAUGCCCAGUCUCGUCGAUUACGUUAUCUACUCUUAGAUUUCGCAUAAGUUUCAUCCCAUUGUUGGAAAAAUGUAUAAUUCACGACAAUUACAUGUGGAUAUGUCUUGUAUUCACGUAAUUUCUGUUUAAAAUUUCACAGUACUCAGUUUCUUGAUAAUUCUCACAUAAUGAGCAUAAACUCACUACGACAUGAAAUUCACUAUUAAUUUUAACCAGUCUUAAAACUACCGUGUUUUCUUCUGACUUACAGCUUUCGGGUUGCCGACGAUGCAACCUCAAAUCGCACCUGCUCCAGGUCAACUUACACCCUGGGCUGGAAUGCCACAGUUACGGUUCUAACGCAAGUCAGUCGUUCGUACGUUUAUCCAAAGCUUGUGAUCUGAACUUUAACUGAUCAUGUGUUGUACAUUUAACUUUAACUAUGUUAAUCGUAAACAAACUUACUUUGCGUUUCUUGUUUUCUUUUAAAGUGUGCUGGAAACAAUGUAAGUCAAACUAAUGAAAUAUAUCUGGUAGGUCAUUAUUUUAAACAGCCCAGUAUAAUGUGAUCGCCGAUGUACACUGGUUCCUCGGUGAAAAAAUUCUGUUUUGGAUAGAAAGAUACUUAAAGGUCAGCACAGUAUAUCGCACAUUACACGAGUACUUCACGUAGUUCAGAUGGAUCAUAAAACCCAGUGCAUCCACACCUUGAUGCUUAAAGGUAGGUUUUUGUCAUAGGGAAUAGGGGUAAGUAGCAUUGUUUUAUUUCAUUGUCAUGUGGGUAAAGACAUGUUGCCGCAUAGAUUGAGAAGUCAAACUACAGCAAGGUUCGCAGGUCAGCGUGUUUUUAUUUGUGAACUGGUCUACACAGCUUAUCAUAGGCAAUAGUUCACACGUUCAACCUGUCAAAUUUAGGGUAAAAUAACGAUUGUUCGAAAUGUACCAAAAUUCCCGACAUUAAGAAAAUAAGCAGUAAAGGCUUUGGUCUUGGAUACUGGUUACUAAGCAAGAGAGUCUAAGCAGUCUAUUGUGUCGUGUUAACCAAGAUAGUAUCUCGUCCGUUACGAAAGUAGUCUUCACGACCGUCGCAAGUCAGUGACUACUGUUCCUAAGUGAUAUGACGGCAGUAAGGUGUUUUCCUCAGACAACCAGCAUAAUAACCGAUGCUAGCUUUUCUCGGAGGGCGGAUGUGCUUACCUCGCCUUAUCUGGCGGAUUCCUGUCUCCAGGGGUAAGGUCUCAACUUGUGCGGAGGUUGUGUGUGGCCGGCCUUAUAAAGUUGUUCCCUGAGUACUGCGGUCACGCCGUCGGGUGACUAAAACCAACUCUAACCCAGUUUUUUUUAGGUGCAUGUAGAGGAGCUUUUAGACGGUAUGUGAACCGUGAAGUGAUAACCGCCUCGUUAUCUAACAGCACUAAAGACUAUCGAAGUGCACUCUUUGGACUUAGUAUAUAUUAGUAAGUUUAUUGCAUUCCUAAACCUAGUCAGUCUUUCCACACCUGGGAUUGGAUUUACAAUGCUUCGCCUUUGAUCAGUUUGCUUAUAGGGAUUUACUAGCUGAGAAUUUACGGAGUCCUGUCGCUUGUGUUUCAGUACCUUCAUUGUUUCUGACUCAGUGUUGUAACAUACCGUUAGCGGGCAGUGAAACAAUCUUUAUUCGGCGUCAAUCGGUCUAGUUGUUAGUUCAUGAUGUAAUACUAGCCCUAUUAAUCAAAGGAAUGCAAUCAAAUACCAAGUAAUAUAGUCUGAUGUAACAGCAGUUGUAUGUCCUUGAGAGAACAACAAUCGAAAACUUGAAAAGUGCCAGUCCAUAUUAUCCUAGGUUGUUAACACUGUUAGGUGUAAGGACGCCUCGAGCAGUCCCGACACUUACUUCGAAGCGAAUAAUCAAUCCUUUUAAGGUGGACUUUUAUUUUGGAAAUCGUGUGUUGCAGUUUUACGCAACAGUCAUGUGGCUGAACGUCUUGCAGUGACCACUAAGAUUUCGCUGCUUGGUAAGCUGUGUUGCUUGAGUUAUUCAGUAUUUCGUAACCAAGUAUACCUCUGUCGAUCUCGACAGUUCGCGUAACAUGUACGUCACUUCACAACCUUGUCGGCUUAUUAUUUCUAGCUGCUUUACCUCGCCAACAAGAAUGAUACAUCCUAAUACAGGUUAGUAAGAUUAAACCCAGUCCUUGUAUACUACUCCACUAGUUGGUCAACGCUAAUACAAAAAAUGUAGCGGAAACACCAAAUUCAACCAGCUAAAUCCCACAGGUUGCCUUUUUCAGUUGUUUUUCCAGGUAUUUUUUACAAGUGAUCAACCCGCCAACUUCUGUACAUUUGAUAUUCAAUAUAUUAUCUUCAAUAAA